UUGUUUGGGUUCCUUAAUCCAGUCGAAAGAAGGGGGCAGGACUUUGAGCUGCCCUUAAUCGCUUUUCCCUUUGCCAAACAUCCCAGCGGUAAGAGCAACGCUGGGCAGAGUGCGAGAGGGGAAAAAGCUGGCUUGCAAUAGCCCCCAGCCCCUCUGCCUGUGCCCUGAGGAAGCUCCAGAGCGCUGGAAGGGCCGUGCAGGGAGGAUUGGCAGCGCUGAUCUGAGUUCUCUCCCCCCGUCCCUGCAAGCUCAGCCUCCUCCUUCUUGAUCCCAGCUAAACCUGGGCUUUAUUCCGACCGGGCCUGGCACCGGGCCACUACACUUCUCGUGAGUCCCUGUGCCAAGGGGGCUUCUCUUUUUUUCUCAAUGAGAGAUCCUUGAGCGUGGUGCCUUGGCAGGCGGAGGGGGAGCGUGGGAGCACGUCGGGGGGAUCGGCUGAGUUCAAGAAGGAUCAAGGGCUCUGGGUGAGCUCAGAAGCUCUGGCCCCACGGACGGCCACGAUGAGCACGCAGCAGCUCCGCUGGAUGAGAUGCCUGCCAGCUGCCCUGUGGCUGUGCUGCCUGCUGCCUGAGGGGAGCUGCACCUGGAGCCUGGCAGGACUCCAGUACGCCAACCGAAGGAACUGGUGCUCGUACAUGGUCACAAGGACAGUUUCCUGCCAUGUCCAGAAUGGCACCUUCCUGCAGAGGGUGUUCCAAGGCUGCCGCUGGCCUGGGGGCUGCAACGGAGGCAGCUACAGAGCCAUCGUAAGACCAGCGUACAAGGUGGCCUACAAGACGGUCACGGCUCUGGAGUGGAAGUGCUGCCCAGGCCACUCAGGGGUCAACUGCGAAGAAGAGACCAUCAGCUACGUCGCCCCACAGGAAGCCGGACGUCCCAGUGCCCCCCUGCGCAGGCUCCCCCUCCGACCAGCAACCUACUCAGGGUGUUUGAAUUGCAGCAAAGUGGUGGAACUGACGGCGCGUCUCAACAGCCUGGAAGCCAAGGUGGCGUUGCUGUCAGCGGCAGAGCCUGCAACCUCCCCAGUACCCAACAGACACCUCGUAACCAAGGGGGCUGCCCCCUCGGAUUCCUACCAGCUCUGGGGGUCUCCAUCCACCCACGGGAGCCCUGGGGAUGAAGGUGUGAAAGCUGAGAGCCGUUACCUUAAAGCGCCCAUGGGCACUGAGUUCUUGGGGGACAGGUGUGCCCCUCAGAAUGCUACCCCGGCAUGGCCCCAGCAGGUGCAGCUCCGGGGCGAGGGGAGCCUAAGGCCCCCCAUCAGCUGUCUCAGGACGGAGGCUGUGGACACUAAACAGCAGGGGGACGCACAGCCCCUGGCAAAUGCUGCACUGGCACCUAACUGGGUAUUUCCUUUUGCUCUUUCUGUUGCAGGGAAACCAGGGCCCCAAGGACCCCCAGGCCCGUUGGGUCCCAAGGGAGAUGCUGGGAGCCAGGGGCCAUCAGGAAUCCCUGGAGACAAGGGUCCCGCUGGACCGCCAGGCCCCCCGGGUCCGCCAGGGCCCCCUGCCCCAGUGGGGCCUACAAUAUCCCGCAGCGCUGACCCAAGGGACCCGCUUCUGUCAAACACCUUCACCGAAUCCGGCAACGUUGGCACCAUGGGGCCUGCGGGACCCCCAGGGCCAAUGGGUCCUCUGGGCCCCCCAGGGCCAGUCGGGCUGCCAGGCCCUCCGGGGCACGAUGGUUUACCCGGAGUGCCAGGUGCUGACGGAGCCACCGGUCCCCCAGGGGAGAAAGGAGACAGAGGCCCUCCUGGCUCUCCUGGGAGCAGAGGCCUGGACGGGGAACAUGGGCAGCCGGGUCCAAAAGGCAAACAGGGGGACAAGGGCACCUGGGGGGAGGGGUUACACCAGCUCCGAGAGGCUUUGAAGAUUUUAGCUGAGAGGGUUUUAAUCUUGGAAACAAUGAUUGGGCUUUAUGAACCAGAGCCGGGUUCAGGCGCCGAACCCUUCCCCACUAGCGCCCCCAGCUUCCACCGGGGCAAGCGCGACAGGCUGGCAGCCUACAGCAGCCCACACCAGCUGGCCCAGACGGCCCAGGACGAGAGCAAGUGAAGAGGGGCAGCCACCCCGAGCAGGAGUCGUCUCCCCAAGCAUUAAGGCCCCCUUGGGGACCUCCCCUCCCCCACAUUGUUCUGGACUGUCGCA